UAUAAUGUUAUGUUUAUCAUGGAACUUGUGCAUGAAUGUUGCAGAUGAAAAUCUGUCUUGUGAACGAGUCAGAAAAUCUCAUCUUUAUUACCAUCAAACAUAUAAAGGACUUAUCAUUUUGAUGAAGAAUCGAAGUUCUUAGACUUUUCAAGCGGAUGAUCUCACUGUGACAUCAUCAGCCAUACGGAUCGAGUCAGUUCAUUGAGUAAACGGAAAGCAGCUCGGCUUCGUUUAAAGCUCUCUGGCCAAGACAGUCAAAGAACCCAUUACACCUUCUUGAAGUUCUUGAGCAUGUGAGGUAAAGCGAGGGAGCAUUGAGGUAAUCGCAGACAGAAAUUGAAAGAAUGAUGUUGUUCUCAUCGUGUCGCAGCUAUCAGAUCAAAAUGGACGUCGGACAGGUGGUCGUUGCCCUGGUCGUCCUCUGCACGGAGAUCAUGCAGAUCACCGCUGAUGUCAUAGCUACUUCUCAGCACAACGAUACCACCGCUUUCCAGUCAGUCACAGCUGCGUUUGGGUCUCCCCCAGAUGGGCAAAUGCAGGGUUUGUUAGUAGUGGCCAAUCCGAUUGAAGCUUGUGGGCCGAUACAAGUACCUCCCCUUCUGCCCAACGUGACUGGUGUGUACUUUGCCCUCAUCAAGAGAGGGAGCUGUAACUUCGAUAAGAAGGUAUAUAAUGCCCAACAGGCAAGGUACAUGGGGGCCAUUGUGUAUAACGAUGAAGGCAAUGUCCUCACUACUAUGAGCGGUAGUCAAUAUAACAAGUUAAUCUAUAUACCAUCAGUGUUUGUCGGGAAAGACAGUGGCGAAACAUUGCAAGGGAUGAACUACUCAACAGGGUGGGUGAUGGCGCUCUACCCUUUCACAUAUUAUCCCUGGAGUUAUUACUUGCUUCCUUUCCUUUGUAUGAGCACUUCUUGCACUGCUUUCCUCAUCCUGUAUGCGAUUGCAAAGUAUGUGAGAGAUCAGCGAAGGCAAAGGAAAGCCAGACUCUCCCGUGACCAUCUCAAAAAGCUGCCUAUCAAGAAAUUCAAGAAGGGUGAUGAAUAUGAUAUAUGUGCUAUCUGCCUUGAUGACUACGAGGAAGGUCAAAAGCUGCGCAUACUGCCUUGCAACCAUGCUUACCACUGUAAAUGCAUAGACCCCUGGCUGACGAACAACCGUCGCACCUGCCCCAUCUGCAAGCGCAAGGUCAUCCCUCCGGGCAUGGCUGACUCGGAUGAGGAAUCUGACUCCGAAGCUGGCGACGCCCCAAACGAGAACACGCCCCUCCUGUCUAGCAUGCAUUCGGACAACCUGAGCGACCAUGGCGCGGUGGGUGGACUCGCCGAGACGGCGACUCCGCCCCCAUCCCCGAUGACGUCCGUUGAAGGCGAUGACUACCCGCCCAUCGACACCUUGAUCAAGGUUGAGUCGGAUUCGGAAUCUUCUGGGAGUUUCCCGCUUGAGGAGGCCAAAGGGAACAUCCAGGACCCACCCAACAGUAACGUGCUCAGCGUGACCGUGCAUUCUGAGAACGAAAUAGAUCCAAGCACAAGUAGUGCUCCCAAAGUCUGAAUCUCCAGAUGAUCUAAUGGGACAUUUGUAAUCGAAGGAAUGAACUGCGUGAAUCAUCGUCACCCGCUAGCAAUUGACAUCAUAGAACCUUGAUGAUAAUGAAAGACAGAAUAAAUGACUGACUGAAUGACUAAAGGAAUGGAUUGAAUGAACAAAGACGAAUCGAUUAAGCGCCAUUUCAAUCUUGCAUCGUUAUCACAAUGAUUC